AUGAAACCAAGAAAUGUAACUAAAAACGAUGAAAAGGAUAUAUUGAGGGGAAUAUAUCAUAAUCAAAAUUCAAUGUUUUGUGUCACAUCAAAGUUGGAAAAAAAAUCUAAAAUUGGUGAUAACGUGCGAAUAAGUAAAUAUAAAAAAAUUUUCGAAAAAAGCUACACUCUCAAUUGGACAACUGAAGUUUUUACAAUCACAAAAGUAUUGAAUACAAUACCAAUAACUUACAAGCUCGUUGACAAUCAAGAUAACAAUGUUGAAGGAUGUUUUUAUCAAGAAGAACUGAAUCCAGUACGCUAUCCAAAUAUAUAUCUUGUCGAAAAAAUUUAA